AUGAAUCGUUGGAUCCGUAAAGUAGCGGUCGUAACCGGAGCAAGCUCCGGUAUCGGUGCAGCUAUUGCAAAGGAUCUUGCCAAAGCCGGUAUGGUUACGAUCGGAUUGGCCCGGCGCGUUGAGCGUGUGGAGCAGCUAAAGCAGGACCUACCGAAGGAAGCGGCCGCACGGCUCCACGCGAUGAAGUGUGACGUUUCGGUCGAAACCGACAUCGAGCGAACGUUCCAGCGCAUUCGCGAUACGCACGGUGGUGUGGACGUGCUGGUGAACAAUGCCGGCAUUCUGCGGUCCAACAAUCUGCUCGAUGUGGGCACGACGGCCGAUCUGCGGGCCGUGCUGGAUACAAACGUAACCGGGCUGGUGCUGUGCAGCCAGUGGGCUUAUCAGUCGAUGGUCGAGCGUAAAGUCGAAGGACAUAUCGUGCACAUCAACAGCGUUGCCGGGCACGGUGUGCCAAACUUCCCGAAGCUGAACAUCUACCCCGGUACGAAGCAUGCCGUUACGGCCAUCACCGAAGUAAUGCGCCAGGAAAUGAGAGCGGCCGAAUCGAAGGUCAAAGUGACGAGUAUUAGCCCGGGCGGAGUGCGGACAGAAAUUUUCGAUGGCUACCCCAUUCCGGAUGACAUGGUACUGCUCCACUCGGAAGACAUCUCCGAAGCCGUACUGUACGUGAUCGGGACGCCGCCCCAUGUGCAGGUGCACGAACUCACCAUCAAACCGAUCGGGGAGAUAUUCUAA